AUGAAAACGGCGCUAUUGUAUGUUCCGAGCAAAAAAACCGAGGAUGCCAGCUGGUCCAAGCCAUUGAACAACUAUCUUCUUUCUGUUUACGGAAACACCUCCGAGUUCCAGCAGGAUGUUGCCGACUUCGAUAAACUCAGGCAGGAUAUCAGAGGCACAGGGAGCGAUAUCACCAGUGUAAAACUCAAUUUCCAAUACUUUAGCAGGCUCGAAAUCCUUGACUUGAGGAUCCCUGUGGCGGCCAUCAACAAGAACAAAAAAAUCUCGUUCGUGUGGCACGAUGCUUUUCUCCCUUCUUCAGAACACCAGCAACAUGCGUUGGCGUUUGAAAAGGCCAGCGUUUUGUUCAAUUUGGGCUCUCUGAUGACUAAAGUUGCUGUUUCCAAAUACAAGGAGGCGCAGCGGGCUUCGAAAGACGAGACAGGCGCGUUCAAAGAAGCAGUCCAGCUUUUCCACAAGCGGCUGGAGUCUUCAGCUUCCUAG